GUUCACCGCUUUCUCACGAACUUCUAGCAAAAUGCUGAUCAAGACGAUUGAAUACUUCCGUCUUCCUCCUCGAUGGCUGUUCGUCAAGAUCACGGAUGAUGCUGGCAAUGCUGGCUGGGGAGAGGCCAGCUUGGAGGGCCAUACGGAGGCUGUGGAGGGCUGUUUGGACUCGUUCGCCGAGAGGUUCGUUGGGCAAGAAGCGGACGAUAUCGAGCACAUCUGGCAAUUGGGUUAUCGCAUGGGUUUCUACCGGGGAGGACCUGUGCUGAUGUCGGCACUGUCAGGCGUGGACAUUGCUUUGUGGGACCUCAAGGCGAGGAAACUGAAUCUGCCAAUAUAUCAGCUGCUAGGUGGUAAGGUGAGGGAUCAGCUCAGAGUUUAUGCUUGGAUUGGAGGUGAUCGACCGAAUGACGUGGAAACCAUGGCCAAGGGACGACUUGCAGCUGGAUUCACGGCGGUCAAGAUGAAUGCCACAGAGGAUUUGGGAUGGCUUGAUUCACCGAGCAAGCUCGAUGCAUGUCUCGAGCGUGUGAAAACGGUGAGAAGUCUGGGGCUGGAUGCUGGCGUGGACUUCCAUGGAAGAGUCCACAAGCCAAUGGCGAAGCAGUUGGCCAAGUUGCUCGAGCCUGAGCGACCGCUCUUCAUCGAAGAACCUCUGCUAUCUGAGAAUGUUGGAGAGAUCCAGGAGCUGUCUCGUCAUGUAAGCACGCCUAUCGCGCUCGGAGAGAGGCUCCACAGCCGAUGGGAUGUCAAGCCCUUCCUCGAAGCAAGGUGUGUCGAUGUGAUCCAGCCAGACAUCGCUCACUGUGGAGGUAUCUCUGAGACGCAUCGCAUAGCCAAGAUGGCCGAAGCGUACGACAUUGCACUCGCUCCACACUGUCCACUGGGACCUAUUGCUCUGGCGGCGAGCGUCCAGGUGGAUGCUACAUGUGCCAACUUCGCGAUCCAAGAAAUGCCACUAGGAAUCCACUACAACGUUGGCGGAUCUGAUUUGACGAGCUAUCACACGAAUCCCGAAGUGUGGGACGUCAAGGAUGGGUACAUCAAGCUCAUGUCUGGUCCUGGCUUGGGCAUAGAGAUUGACGAAGACGCUGUGCGCGCGGCCUCCAAGAACAUCGCAGCAUGGCGCAGCCCGCAUUUCGUAGGUCCUGGAGGAGAAAUCCGCGAGUGGUAGACGCCCAUCCUCAGUGCCGGGUAGCACGACAUGUUCUUCUAGAGGCAGGCAUCGCCUGUGCUGUUCAUAUGUUGUAUGGAGCUCACCGCCCC